AUGCGCGUCCACAGUCUACUUCCAUUGGCGCUGCCGCUCGCAGCAGCAGCCUCGGUGCCCCUCGGUACCGAGUUCGCUCGUCGCCAGCUUCCUAAUGAGCCUACUGGGGUCAAGACCAUCAAGACUGCCAAUAAUGUUACCAUUCGGUAUAAGGAACCCGGCAAACACGGCGUCUGUGAAACGACACCGGGGGUGAACUCAUAUGCCGGUUAUGUGGACUUGGCUCCAGAUGCGCAUACUUUCUUCUGGUUCUUCGAGGCACGUCACGACCCAGAGAACGCACCAAUUACUUUGUGGUUGAACGGUGGCCCUGGCAGUGAUUCAUUGAUCGGUUUGUUUGAAGAACUCGGUCCCUGCCGUGUCAACGAGAAGAACGAGACCGAGAUCAACCCUUACUCUUGGAACGAGGUCUCUAAUAUGCUUUUCAUCUCCCAGCCCCUGGGAACUGGUUUCUCAUAUGCCGAGAAAGAAGCUGGCUCUCUCAACCCCUUCACUGGCGUGUUUGAGGAUGCAUCCUUUGCGGGUGUUCAGGGCCGCUACCCGGUUAUUAACGCUACUUUGAUUGACACCACCAAUCUUGCUGCUGAAGCAACCUGGGAAGUUCUGCAGGGAUUCCUUGGUGGUCUGCACAAGCUGGACCCAAAGAUCAAGUCGAGAAGCUUCAACCUGUGGACUGAGAGUUAUGGAGGACACUAUGGCCCUGCUUUCUUCGAUCACUUCAUGAAGGAGAACGACAAGAUUGCCAACGGUACUACCAAGGGCGUUCAACUUGACUUCAACACCCUGGGAAUUAUAAACGGAAUCAUCGAUGAGUCUAUCCAGGCUCCUCAUUACCCCGAGUUUGCUCGUCAUAACACGUACGGCAUUGAAGCGGUAAACGAGACUGUCUAUAAUUACAUGAAGUUCGCCAACUCCAUGCCCAACGGUUGCCAGGACCAGAUCUCCUACUGCAAGACCACCAAUCGCACCUCGCUGGCUGACUUGGCAAUCUGUACCGAGGCCGCCAAUAUGUGCCGUGACAACGUUGAGAGCCCAUACUACGUCUUCAGUGGCCGCGGCACUUACGAUAUCCGCCACCCUUCCCAAGACCCUACCCCUCCCAGUUACUACAUUAACUACCUCGCCAAAGACGAAGUCAAGAACGCCCUUGGAGUUGAUCUUAACUACACUCAAUCUAACGCCGAGGUCUACUACGCCUUCCAACAAACUGGUGACUUCGUCUGGCCCAACUUCAUCGAAGACCUCGAAGAUAUCCUUACCCGACCCGUCCGCGUCGCUCUUAUCUACGGUGACGCAGAUUACAUCUGCAAUUGGUUCGGUGGCCAAGCAGUCUCUCUCGAAACCAAUUACAAACACAGCAAGGAAUUCCGUGCCGCGGGAUAUGCCCCUUUCACAGUGGAUGGUGUGGAGUAUGGUGAAACUCGCGAGUAUGGUAACUUCUCGUUCACCCGUGUUUACGAAGCUGGCCACGAGGUUCCGUACUACCAGCCCGUUGCCUCUCUGCAGUUGUUCAACCGUACGCUGAAUGGUUGGGAGUUGCCGACUGGUGAGAAGAAGCUGACCCCGGACUUUGGAUCAGAUGGUCCCGCAACCGCAACGCAUACUGAGUCAUCAGUGGCAUUGCCAACAUCAACGUCCACGGAGGGCUUUUCCGUUGGCAAGAAGCACUUCUAA